CUCUCACCUUUUCUUUUUGCCCUUUGUAUGGAGAGAUUAGCCCACAAAAUUGAGCUUGCUGUUGAACAAAAAUCUUGAAACCUCUUUCUCUUUCGAAAAAUGGCCCCAAGCUGUCACAUCUUUUCUUCGUUGACGAUUUGGUUUUAUUUGCAGAGGCAGAGGGUAACCAAAUUGAUAUCAUUCGAGGAUGUUUGGAAUACUUUUGCAGCAGCUCUGGCCAAAAAGUUAACCUCAACAAAUCUGUUCUGUAUAUUUCGCCUAAUAUCCGUAAGGAGAAAGCGGAACAACUUAGUAGAAGAGCUGGUAUCUCCUUAACAACUGACUUGGGAAGAUACUUGGGUUUGCACGCUAUUAAUGGCAGAAUUACGAGGAAUAGAUACAAAGAAUUGGUGCUCAAAAUCCAGAAAAAACUCGCGAACUGGAAAACCAAACAUCUGUCCAUGGCGGCCAGGGUCACCCUAGUGAAAUCGGUAACUUCCUCCAUGACUAUCUAUCCUAUGUUUACAGAGUAUCUACCCUCAAAUAUAUGCAAAUCCUUGGGCAGGUGUAGUCUCCAGUUCAUUUGGGGAGAAGAGGAAGGGAAGACAGGAUUCCAUGUUGUGGCUUGGGAUGAGAUUACUCGACCACGACACCAAGGUGGCUUGGGUAUUCGGCCAACGAGGCAGGUGAAUCAAGCAAUGCUUGCAAAGGGUGCUUGGAAGCUAGCAACGAAGGAGAAAUCUCUCUGGACAGAGAUCAUGAAGAAUAAAUAUUGUCGAGAUAAAGAAGGGAUUGAUAUGCUCACGCGAUCAAAGGGAAGUUCGUUUGCCUGGCGCAGCUAUGUGCAUACUACUCCCCUUUUGCGCAAAGGUGUUGCUUUCAACAUUAAAAACGGUUCAAACACUAAUUUCUGGCUUGACAAUGCAGGUCCCACUUUUGGAGUUGGCGACAACAGAGAUUCCCUUGGAUAUGCAGACAAGGAAGGUUGCCGAUUAUUGGCACCCCAACUUGGGUUGGAAGAUUGAGGAAAUGGAGAAUCUGCUACGCCCUCAAGUAGUUAACAAGAUCAGAUCCAUCUCCAAUGAUCCUUUAACCAAAAUGGAAGAUCAACUCUUUUGGAAACCAGCUGCCAGUUGACGUUUCAGCACAGCCUCUGCCUACAAACUUAUAACUCCUAAUCCAGACGACCAGAACUCCAAAGUGUGGAAAACUAUUUGGCGACUUCCUGUUCCAGAAAGGGUGAAGCUUUUUUCUUGGCUUGCUCUGAAAAACCGUCUUACCACAAACAACAUCAGGAAAUUUCGGCAUCUGACGGAAGAUGAUAAAUGCCCUAUGUGCCAUGUGGAGAUCGAAACCAACUUACAUUGUCUCAGGGAUUGUUCGGUUGCUAGGAAAUUCUGGGAAAAAGUAAUCCCUCACCACCACCAACAGCCUUUCUUCGCCAUGGACUCUGAGACAUGGAUGCAGAAGAACAUCGACGGUACUAAGCAGUGGGAUGACACAGAGGACUGGGCUGGUUUCUUUGUCCUUGUAUGCUGGUACAUUUGGAAACACAGAAAUGACGUCAUCUUCAGAGGUACUAGGCUGAUGUCUGCUACCCUCACCAACUAUGUUAUUACAAAGGCGAAAGAGUGGAUGAAGACAUGGCAUGAUGCUCAAAACAGGACAACCAUCACCAGCAAACCACUUCGCGAAGAACGGCUUAUAGGAUGGUCUCCCCCGCCUCGUGGUUGGAUUAAGCUGAACACUGAUGGAGCUUCACAAGGUAAUCCUGGGAUGGCCACUGCAGGAGGCUCGUUGCGUGAUGAGAAAGGAGACUGGAUCGGCGGCUUCGUUUCCAAGAUUGGAGAAGGUACUGCUCUUCUUGCUGAACUCUGGGGCAUCCACCAGGGGCUACAACUUACUUGGAGGAAAGGUUACAAGUUUCUAAUCCUGGAAACAGAUUCAACCCUCGCUAUUGAUCUGAUUAAGAACAGAACCGACCAUGUUUAUCCGCAUUCUACUCUUCUUCAUUCGAUUCGCAGAUUGUUGGCUCAAGACUGGAUUGUGAAGCUAGUUCAUACGUACCGCGAAGGGAAUAGAGUCACGGACUGGCUCUCGAAGCACAGUCUCGUCUAUCCCUUCGGGACGCAUGAACUAGAAGAACUGCCAAACGACUUAGAGAAGAUCAUCAGAGAAGACCUUGUGGGGGUCAGUUUCGCUAGACGGAUUGUUACUGGAUCCGCGUAGUUGGUGUUAAUCUGGGCUGUUUUCUGUUUUUACCCUCUUGGUUUUGAUUUUGUCUUCUACCUGUUUCUCUGUUUUUCUGAGCUGGAGGCUUGUGCUUCUAAGUUCCCAGCGGGCUACUCUUUUUCUUAGAUAACCUGGCUUUUGCCUCCUUCAAUAAAAAAAAAACUAACUAGAAGGGCAAAUAAGAGAUUAUAGAAAAUAAUUAAUUUUACCAAUAAUUAAAAUCAUUAGUUAAAAAGGAAACUAACUCCCACGAGCUUGCCCUCUGCUUUUAAUGCAAUCAUAUGGCAAUUCAAAAUUGAAUAAUAUUUAAUGACAUUUGAAAUUAAUAUUUAAUGCUUUAAAAAAAGAAAUUUGAAAUUAAAAAUGUACACUCUCCUUGACUCUUUCCGUCAAGACUUGCAAUUACAUUAUUAACGUUUUGCAUUGACAUUAUCAAUAUUUAUGAUAUAAAUUAUUAUUGAUUCACUUCAUUAUUAUUAAGGAUUUCAAUAUACUUAUUAAUAUUUUAUGAUUACAUUAUUAAUAAUUUUAGUUCAAUCCCUAACGCUUUACAAUUUUUAUCGUUAACACCUAUGAAUGAAUUAUUGAAAUUAUGAUGCUCAUCAUAAUUAAUGGUUUGAAUCACAUUAUCAUUAAUUUAUAACAUUUUUAUUAAUGAUUCACUUCACGUUCAUAACUAGCUAACCAUGGCCUCUUACAGUGACUUCAAAUGACAUUAUUAAUGUUUUGAGAUCAAAUAGUACCAUUUUAUAUUGUCGUUUUCAAUGGUUAUAAAACACAACUCUUAUUUUUUACAUCUUCGACACUUGUGGCAUAUUACACUUGAGAUUCACUCAAGCAAACAUUAGGUCAUUGAGGUGCAAAACAUUAGUCAAGCAAACCAACAUUCAUACCCCAACACCAAACCGUUAAGAAUGAUAAAGCAAAUGAUUGAUAACGAAAUUAUAUCUCAUUCAAAACAAGCACAAAAAAAUCAAUAAUGUUUGGACUAAAUGUUAAGAAUCAGAUACCUUCAAAAACUUCCAUACGAAUGUUGUAUUUCGUUUAAAUUUUUUAAAAAUGUUAAUAUUAAAAUAUAAUCUCUAACGGUUAAUAAUAAAUUGUAAAAUAUUGAUAACUAAGUUGUUCUUCGUUGAAAAUGCAAGCAAAAUCACAAAUAAUGAUGAAAUUUUAUGAUUAUUAACCAUAUUGUGUGUAAUUAACAAAACCUUACAAAAAAUAACACCCUACCCUUUAAAUGGAAAACAUCAUUUUUAACGUCGUUUUAAAUAACAUUAUCAUUAAUUCAUCUUUAUUAACAACAAUCCACACUUUCACGUCAUGUUCAUAACUAGCCAAUCAAUACCUCUAUCAAGGACUCUGUCAACAUUUAUAAAAUGAAUUAUUAUUGAUAUAUUACAUCAUUAGUAACAAUUUAAUGUACUUAUCAAUACUACACUAUUACAUUAUUAACCAUUCAAGCGUGAAAACAUAUCAAUGCUAUCUAUCUAUCUAUCUAUCUAUACAUACAUAAUAUUAUGGCAAUUCAAAAGUAAUUGUUUGCCACCUAAGCACUUGGAGAGUUCACAAAUUGCCAAGUUGGACUAUAUUUUUACAAAAAGAAAAAUAGUUAUUGAUAUAUUUAUGGAGCUAUCUCUCUCUUCAUUUAAUAUUUCAUUUCUCUUUUAUCCUUUUUUUUUGUAUUAUAUCAAUGUACACAAUAAUAAAUAAUGUAUGAAAAGUGACAUAUAUUACAUUUAUUAUCUCUAACUUUUUUAAUAUUUAUUUUUCUUUUCUAAUACCUCCUUUAUGUUUUUGUUUUUACUUUUGCAUUGUAUCGAUGUACACAACAAUAGACUAAUGUCUUUGAGUCACACAUAUAACUUUUUUCUCAACCAAAAAAAUAUCUUAUUAAAGCUCACUAAGUAAAUUUUUAACUCACUUUUACAAUAAUAUACAAAUAUGUUACAU